UUUCAGUUCCAGUUGAAUCUCAGCAUGCCAAGCGAAUGGGUUUUCCUAAUUCUCUGCCUGGCUCCAAUGGCCUCUGGGGGCACUACGGCCCCAUCGCUCGCCGCCAGUCCAAUCGUCUUUGCCCGGAAUCUAUUCCGGGCCAUCAACGAGGAUGCUCCGCCGAUGAACAUGAUGGUCUCGCCGGCGGCGGCUCGUAGUGCCAUGACCCUGGUCUUCAUGGGAGCCGGAGGAAAGAGUGCAGAUGAGCUGCGCUCCAACCUGAUCCUGGGAGCGGCAAAGAAGCCAGAGAUUGCCAGACAGCAUGCAGAGUCCUGGAGCCGGGAGUGCUCCUGUGCCGAGAAGGGAGUGGCCCUGCAGCUGGUCACCCGGUUAUAUGUCGAUGAGAAGGUCGAUCUCCGGCCGGAAUUUAAUCCGCAGGCCGAGGAUUUCUUUAAUGCCUCGGCGACUUCCCUGAACUACACGGAUGCGGAGGCCUCGACGAAGAAAGUGAAUAAAUGGCUGGAGAAGCAGACAUUCUACACUGUGCGGAAUUUCCUCACACCGGAGGUCUUCAAUUCCGAUUCGAGUGUAAUACUGGUCAAUUCCUUAUUCUUCCGGGCCAAGUGGAACAAGGGAUUUCCACUGGAUGCCACCACGCUGGGUGACUUUUGGAUAAAUCCUCGCCAGCGCAUGGAGGUGGACAUGAUGCGGCAGAUCGGUCAGUUCCGGUACGGCGAGUCCAAGAAGCUCAAGUCGCAGAUCCUGCAGCUACCCUUUGAGAAGUCAAAUGUGACCAUGAUGAUAAUCCUGCCCAGGGCCAUCGAUGGACUGAGCAUAUUGGAGGAAAAACUGAAGGAUUUUGACCUAAACGAAGUAGCAGCGAGGAGUCUCCUAAACGAAGUCGAUGUGACACUGCCAAAGUUCCGAAUUGAAUGUGAUAUUGAUCUUAAAGUGCCCCUGCAAAAGUUGGGAAUCAAUCGAGUUUUUGAGACUGGUCAAGCGGAUUUGAGUGGGAUUUUUGGCAAGAACUCACCCCAAAGGAUAUCGGAGGCCAGGCACAAACUGUUUUUGCUGGUAAACGAGGCUGGAUGUGAGACGGCACCAGAGACAAAAACAAAAACUAAAAAGGUAAGGAGGAAUCCCGAUCGCAAAACCAUCAUAGUAGACCGUCCCUUCGUCUUCGCCAUCCGAAACUCAAAGAACGUCUUUUUCGUGGGUCACUUCAUUAAGCCCUAAUUGCGGAACGGAAUCCCAUACAUAUAUAGAUAUACAAAUAUCGUUGGCAAUCACUACAAAAUGGCAAUAUCCCAAUGAACAUCAAAUUAUUGCCAAACAAAUGUACACAAUGCACACCAAAUACAAAAGAGGCAGCUGGUUGAGGCAAGCGAAGGACUUUCGGGGAGCCAAACAAAUGGCGAAAUGGCAAAAUGGCUGCCGGACAGAUCAUUGCGAAAAUUCGCAGAUAGGCCAAGGAGGAAACGGAAGGGAGAGAACGGAAAAGAGGCAACAAGGAAACGGCGGCUGGCCAAAACCAAAUGAAAAGUAAAGGGAGCCAUUUAGUGCCAGAGAAACCGGAGCUCAAAAUACUCUUUCCAAAUUUUAUCAAAAUCUCAAGUGCCUCGAAAGCAUUUUUUGUGUAGACUUUGGUGUUUCGACUUCGUUUUGAAAUAAAUAUUAAGCUCGCUUGCUUA